AAAUCUGCGCGUUUCCGUUACUCUGCCGAGAAAGUUGCAGUCUACCCAUCUUCCCUCUUUCUAGAGAGUGUUCGCGAAUUAGAUCCGUUCCUAAACUUCGAAAAUGCAGAGCACAGCUUUCACUAUCUCCCCUUCGCUGCCUCUUCAUAAAUCUCGCAGAUCUUUUACCUCCAACCGCUUCUCUCCUCUGUUUGCGUCCUCUUCCAAGCCCAAUGAAAGCUCUUCCUCCUCCUCCUCCUCCUCUUCUUCCUCGUCGUUCCAUCGCCGAUAUUGGGCCGUUGCUUCUUCUUCCUCCUCCUCUUUUAAGUUCAGGCCCUCGACAUCCUUGCCUACUCCUGCUUCCUCUGAUUCUGACGCUACUCGCUUUGAGGCCCGGGCCACUUCUGUUCCUGAGAGCGCCGACGAGAGCUCCAACGCCUUAUUCAAAACUCUGCAGCUCGGAUCCUUGUUUGGUCUCUGGUACCUCUUCAAUAUAUACUUUAAUAUCUACAAUAAGCAGGUCUUGAAGGUGUACCAGUUUCCAUUAACUGUCACUGCAGUUCAAUUUGCCGUUGGGACUCUCCUUGUCUUAUUUUUAUGGACUUUUAACCUCUAUAAAAGGCCUAAAAUAAGUGGUUCCCUGCUUGCAGCUAUACUGCCUCUGGCUGUGGUACAUACUUUAGGGAACCUUUUCACUAACAUGAGCCUUGGAAAGGUAGCUGUGUCGUUCACUCACACUAUCAAAGCAAUGGAGCCUUUCUUUUCAGUGGUCCUUUCUGCUAUAUUCCUCGGAGAGAUGCCAACUGCAUUGGUUGUCGCUUCACUUGUGCCUAUUGUUGGUGGAGUAGCACUGGCAUCUGUCACUGAGGCCUCGUUUAAUUGGGCUGGAUUUGGGAGUGCGAUGGCAUCUAAUUUGACAUUUCAGUCUCGUAAUGUUCUUAGCAAAAAGGUCAUGGUUAAUAAAGAGGAAUCAGUGGACAAUAUAAACCUCUUCUCAAUAAUUACUGUUUUGUCCUUCUUUUUAUUAGCACCUGUGGCUAUCUUCAUGGAAGGUGUCAAAUUUACCCCUGCAUACCUGCAAUCUGCUGGGUUAAAUGUUAGACAACUAUACAUCAGAUCUCUUGUUGCUGCACUCUGUUUCCAUGCAUAUCAACAAGUUUCUUAUAUGAUACUGCAAAGGGUAUCGCCUGUUACCCACUCUGUGGGUAACUGUGUGAAGCGGGUUGUGGUCAUUGUGAGCUCUGUCCUCUUCUUCAAAACACCUGUAUCACCUGUUAACGCUUUUGGCACUGGUAUUGCUCUUGCCGGAGUGUUCCUUUAUUCAAGGGCGAAGCGAAUGAAGCCAAAGCCAAAGACAGCUUAAUAUUCGGUAAAAUUGUGCUAGUUUCUUUGUUCUGCUGCAAGGAAAAUGUCUCGUCUGCUUAUCAAUUACCUUAGUUUUUUUUUUCGAGUGUGCAAAUACAAUUUCACUUAGACGAGUAUAUAUAAAUAGUCUUCUUGGUUUGUUAGGAUGUGCUGCAAUAUGCACCCACAAACUAAUUCUCCAUUUCACCAUUCCCCAACUUCGGAAAUUGGCAAAGCCAAAAGAUAUGAAGGGAGAAUUUAUGGUUAUAUGAUCGUCUUGGGGCUUGGCAAGCCAUACUAUCAUUCAUCACUAAUUCCCGCCCCCCCCCCCCUUUUGGGGACUAGGAAAAUAGUAGCCAUACACUAAUUACUUGUGCCAGUUGCAGGCAACGCCACAGGAAGAAAUUUAGGGUACUAAUAACAUGUUUCUUCUUUUUUUAAAAUAAGAUUAUGAAAUAUGUUUUGGUUCAUUUCCAUAUGUGAAGAAAAAUUCUAUUCUACAAUCAAUCGAGAAGGUUUAUUCUUUA